CCAAUCCAAUCCACCCCACCACCCAUCGAUCCAAAUCCCAUUCCGACCCCUCCCCCGAGUCCCAAUCCCGGACCCGGCCCCGCGGACCUAGACGCUUCUAGAACCACGGUACCGAUUCCCGACCCCACCCCUCGGGCCCACGUGUCGGCGUGAGAGCCCAGAGAGAGACGGCUGUACGGCACUCGACGCGCGGCCCCGGAUUGGGAAUGGGAAUCCCAUACCGUCACCGCCGCCAUUGACUCCCCCUCUUCUCUCUCAGUUCUCUCGCUUCGAAUCCGAUCGAAGCGCACACAAAAGAGGAGAGGAGAAGCAAACAAAUUCGGCUUCUUCUUCUUCUUCAUUUUUUUUUCGAUUUUUGAACUCGCGGAAGCGAGCCGCCGCCGCCGAGUCCACUCGCUUUCUCCCCCCGCUCCGCCGCCGAUUCGAUCCGAAGGGAGGCAGCGAGCGAGAGAGAGAGGUUUGUCCUGUGAAGGCGGCGAUGCCGCUGGCGGAAUCGCCUCAGUGGCGCCAGAAGGCCACGAAUUUCUUCUCUUCAUCCAGCUUCAAGCUGAAGCAGGCAGGGCAAUCAGCAGGGGACAAUAUAGCUGAUGUUGCUGGCAAGGUUGGUUCAGUGGUUAAGAGUCGGUGGGCUGUCUUCCAGGAGGCUAGGCAGAGGCAGCCGCCACCAGGGGAGACUGUGCAAGAGCGUUUCAUCUCUGCUGCUGCCACCACUGGGGUGCUUCUGAGGAAGGGCAUUUCAGAGACAAAGGAGAAAGUUGCAGUGGGAAAGGUCAAAGUUGAAGAGGCUGCUAAAAAAACUGCUGACAAAAGCAAGACUAUUUUGAACAACAUUGAACGCUGGCAGAAGGGAGUCGCCAGCACUGAUGUCUUUGGUGUUCCCAUUGAAGCCACCGUACAACGAGAGCAAUCUGGUAAAGCUGUGCCUCUGGUACUUGUGAGAUGUGCAGAUUAUCUGGUUAUAUCAGGUUUGAGUAAUGAGUACUUGUUCAAAUCAGAGGGUGAAAAAAAAGUUCUUCAGCAAUUAGUCUCUCUUUACAAUGAAGAUUCAGGUGCACCUUUCCCUGAUGGUGUAAACCCCAUUGAUGUGGCUGCACUGAUAAAGUGCUAUCUUGCUAGCAUCCCUGAGCCACUUACUACAUUCUCUCUUUAUGAUGAACUUAGAGAUGCAAGGGUUAGCAUUGCAGAUUUAAGAAAUAUACUGAAGAAGCUUCCCAAUGUGAACUACAUGACACUAGAGUUUGUUACAGCACUGCUACUUAGAGUAAGCCGUAAAUCAUCGCUUAACAAGAUGGACUCUCGUAGCCUUGCAGUGGAAUUUGCGCCUUUGAUCAUGUGGCAGCAAGGUGACUCUGGAACAGAUUUGCGGAAUCAUCUUAGAUUUACCCUAAAAGCACCUCCAAAAAUUGUGGAUACAACAUCAAAUACCACAGAAUGGGAUCUGUUAGAUGAGGAUGAUGUGGAUGCAUCUUCCCAAAUCCCCUUGGAUGACGCGUCGCCCCCAGAUUACAGCUCAAUUGAGGUCAUCCAAUCUCUCAUUGAGCAUCACAAUGCCAUUUUCACUGAUGCGAACGAGACCGUAUGGAGAUAGCCAGCGUCUCUAGAUUUCACUGGUGUUAUUAGCUCGUGCAAUGUACAAGUUCCAGGUAGGAGGAUGGAGUAUUUGCACAUUGUCGUCAGGGAGACGCAUUUUGGUCGAAAUAUUUCUUAAAAUAGAUUUGUAUAUAUACUAGUAUUAAUUCUCCAUAGGAGGAAUCUAUUUGUAGGACCCUCGGCACGUCUCAUCAAUAAAGCUUUCUGGUGCCUUAUAAUGUUCGGUUGUAAACCUGGUAGACAUGUUAUGAUGUGCCUUAUACUCGUGUUCUUCAUGGCAAAUUACUAUUGUAUGAACUGCACUGAUGAUAAAGGUUACCAGAAACCAUUGGUCGUUCGAAAUCC